AUGAAGUACAAAGUAACAGACGCGUCCUCCACAGAUGACGCCUGGCGCGCGUGCGCCGCCCCUCUGCGCCCUCGAUCGCGCGCGUGGAUGUCAAGUAAACCUCCGCGAUCGCCUCGGCCGCCCAUCGACGGCGCGGACGCCGCCGAGGGCGACGCGAGCUGGCGACUGAACGCGAACGAACUCGCCUCGCGCAUAGCGCGUGAACCCUCCCUCGGCGCACCGCGAGCUACCGCGGCGGCGAGCGCGGAGAGCGCUCGAGCGGGCGGACAGACCAUUCGUCGACGAACGACGACGAGGCACGCCGCGACGGAGGCGAGCCCGCAGUUGCAGGGUUACUAUCGUAAGCAGAAUCAGCUCGUGGAACAGUUCCAAGAGCUCGAGCACUUCUUGGAGCGAACGAGCGGACGCUCGGACGAGGAGUCGCGCGGGAAGACGGAGGAUGAGGAGAGAGAGGAUCGACAGGCGCAACUGGCGCUGAUGGUUUCGUUCUACGCGAACAUCAUCUUGUUGGGGGUGAAGCUGUUCGCGGCGGUGAGCAGCGGAUCGCUGAGCAUCAUCACGAGCGCGAUGGACAGCUGCCUCGACUUGAUCAGCGGAAUGAUCCUGUUUGUGACGGAUAAGAAGAUAAGACAGCAAAACAAGUACAUGUAUCCGAUCGGGAAGAGUCGGAUGCAACCGCUAGGGAUCAUCGUGUUCAGUUGCAUCAUGGGCACGCUCGGGUUCCAGGUGCUCAUCGAGGGCAUCAGGCAGCUCAUAGGGGCCGAGCACACGCAUCAUCUCGAGCACUUGGUGCUCACAAUCGGGAUCAUGGUUGGUGUGAUAGUUUUGAAGUUCUUGCUGUUCCUUUUUUGUCGAAAGAGCAAGUCCCCGUCGGUGCAAGCGUACGCGCAGGAUCAUAGAAACGACGUGUUGACGAACACCAUUGGCUUAUCGGCGGCGCUCGUGGGCGACAGGUUUUACUACUGGGUGGAUCCUCUCGGGGCGAUUUUGCUCGCGACGUUCAUCAUCUAUAACUGGAGUGGGACGGCGAUGGAGAACAUUCGAUCCAUGGUAGGCAUGACCGCGCCUCCCGAGUUUUUGGCGCAGCUCACGUACCUCGCAUGGAACCAUCACCCGGAUAUCGUCCUCAUCGACACCAUCCGUGCGUACACGUUCGGUCCGAAAUUCUUCGUCGAAGUCGACAUCGUACUCGCUGAGGAUAUGCCGCUUAAGGUGGCGCACGACAUCGGAGAGGAACUGCAGAACCGCAUCGAGAGCAUGGAGGACGUGGAGCGGGCAUUUGUGCAUCUCGAUUUUGAGUCUGAACAUCAACCAGAGCACUGA